AUGAUGAAGGAAGGAACGGGCUACACCGCUAGCGCCAGCGUACAGCAAGGCCCAAAUCACACAGUCGAAUCAACAACCCCUCGGACAUGGCCGAGCGCAGAGCGCGAUGACCUGCUGGCUCCAGGCCCGCGGGCUGAGUGCCGGGAUUCGCUUCGCCCGCCGGACCCUCCCCCCCUCCACCGCGCUGCCGCUCGCGACCUCGACGCUUUCCCGCUCACCGCAGGAAGGCCCGAGCGGGCACUGAGGCCGACGGACAGAUUCACUUCGCUCUAUCCUGUGGAGAAACGCACUGUGUGGAGCGCCAAUGUGCAAAAUCGAUCAGGACAGUCCAUCGACAGUGUACACGAACCAUCCGGAAGUAGUACUGCUGCCAACUUUCCGUUUCUUGAAGAGGAUCUAAAUCUCGGAUUGAGUCGGCUCAUGCUUCAGAGUGUCUUGCCUGGUGAUACGCUGACCAGCAGUGCCUGUUCGAGAAAGGAGGUGGAAGAAUUUCAGAAGUUUAUUCACUUGCAUGGGCGAACUGACGGUUGGGAUGACGACGAACAUUCUAAAUUUGUGUACGUGUUCUCAAAGCACAAAGAAGAAGAUGAGAAGCUGGUGGCGCGUUUGACUCGCAUACUUGCUGCUAGAAAUUCUCACGAAAUCAUGGAUCACUUAAAGUGGUAUCGGUCUUAUUGCUCGAAGCUUGCGUUGAAAAAGCAAGCGCUCAAGGAAUGGAGAGCGGACAAAGAAAAAGAGGAGAUGAAAGCUAAACCAGAUCAGGGAAAAGAGUGUGAUGCGUUGCAGACAGAGCGCUCAAAAGCUGUGGAACGUCGACGCCGUGAAUACCAGAAGGAAAUUGUGAAGAAAUGGCGUGCAGAGAAGGAGAAGCACGAAGCUGAGAAGCGCGCUGAACGGGAAUUAGAAGCUGGUUGUCGAAGGGCUAGUUCCAGCAAAUUCCUGGAAGAAACCCGUAAAAUAAGUAGGGAAUCUCGAGAAAUCAGACUCGAGAUCCUGAAAGAACAGAAAGAAAAGCGGAUGCAUUUGGAAGCUCAAGUUCAGAAACUGCGAGGAAGGCUGGCGAACAAAGCAACGGAGAGCUAUCGGGAGCGUGACUUGAGGGAUUUGCGUGCCAAACUCAUCAUACGAGCAACUGCCCGAGAAGACGAGGAGGAUCGCCGUGCGAAAGUCUUCGCUACUUUGAAAAGGCGUGUGCCUGUGAAUGUUGAGAGGAAUCCUGACAGGCUGUCAAGAUUGACGAUGGCUGCGUUGUGUCGUCAGCAUACUGCGCAGCUUCCCAAUUCUUCAAUGGCCUCUGCUCCUGUUAUGAGCUUAAGAAACAUCCCUCAUCGCGGGAUUCCUAAGUGGAGAGUUGCGCUGCGAGAGUUUUCCGGGACGAGUCCGUGGUGCCAGUCGCUAAGCUGGCUUUGCGGUGGCGUGACGGGCACCGAAUUUCCCACGGAAGGUGGCCGGGAGUGCUUCAAGUUUUUGUCGGUGCGCGAGCGGGUGAUAGAAACUGUGCUUUGUCUUGUGAUAUCAUACUCGCAGUUCAAAUGGGCUCAUGCCAGGCUGCCGAACAGAAACGCCGCGGAGUAUUACAGCCUUUCGCCGAAGCUUGCCAAUUGGCGCUUGUUCGUGCUACUUGCCUAUGCGCUCGUUUUCGGCAUUGAGAUCGGAUUCAAAAUUGCUAGUCACCAAAUCAUCUUUCUUCUCAACCCGUGUCACAUCACGACGGGCAUACAACUUUUCCUUUUGGCAGUACCACCAAGAGCUUUUGUGACCACAGUGUUCCGAGUGCACUGCAAUUUUUUAUCUGGAGCAUUUCUGGCCAUACUCUUUCCCGUCACAGGAUCUCGUCAGUUCCCGUGUGAAGUGCAGAUAUAUUGGAUACAGCACGUAAUGAUGCUUGCAGUCCCCAUUUAUUUGCUUUGUUUGGGAGGACCUUACACUCUGGAACCGUUCACAGAUGUGAGUUUAUCCAUCGUAACGUUGAGCUUCAUGCUGGUGUAUCAUUUCUGCUUCCUCCAACCGGUGGGAAUGGUACUGGAAGUUAACCUGAACAACAUGUUGUGUCCCGCACCAUCGGACCCGUUUUACGGGCCUCAUUACCGAAAGUGCGCCAUGAUACAUCAGUCAUUAUACGUUCCGAUCUUCACGCGAUUGUAUUACGGACUGUGGAGCGUUUUGGAGCCAUUCAUUGGACCGCCAUGCGUAGCAAAAAGCUCUUACAAGAAAGACUUUUACAAAGAAGCAUCGAACGGCUUCGGAUGCGAACAAGUCAAAUCGAAGAAAACGAUGUCGCUCUCGCCGCAAGUUGGGUCGUUCAUGACGGAAAAUGAAAUAGUGACGAUCAUACCGAAAGUGCGACAUGCUGCAAUUUACCUCAUGAGUGGGAAAAUCGGGCCCUUCGAGCCUUCCAUUUCGAUCCAGGUGCCACUUUGGGUAGCUGUGAUGAUGCGCCAACGGCACUUAUGCCGGAUUGCGUGCCCCGAGUGGAUGUCCGUUCCGAAUUUUCUGAAGAUAAAGGAAGAAGAGAAAUCCUCUGGGUACUUCACGAAGUUGCCGGGCGUGGAGAUGAUCUCGAUCGCGAACCGGAUUCUUGAUGUGGAAGGUGACGGCUUGCCGGACGCGGACGAGUUGCGCAGCUUGCUCCGCGACAUUGAAAUGACACGCCAAAACAAACUCCACUUCUCUUCGGAAAUGCUGGUGAAGGAAAGCGGGACUCAUGCCAAAGUGGAUCACUUGUCGUUGGAAGAAAUCAACGCUCUGCGUCCUACCAUUGUUCAAUCCCUCGGACUCCUGCAUCGUUUGCACGACGCUGUUGUGGACCCGGAUGUUGCUGAUGACUCUGUUUUAACUGGCAGCUCAGCGUCAUGAAGUACUACCAUUUCCCAUUGAUAUUUCGAGGGGAAAACUUUGUAAUUUGGAAGAAGCCUUCAUGAACAAGCCAGCACUUUUUUUUACCCUCUUUCCAUUUGCAGUUCACUGUGUCUGUCAAUGGAAACUUUUUGCCUGUGUUCUGAAUACACCAAUUCGUAUAUCAAAUCUUGUUCUCAA